AUGGAAAAAGUGCUGAAAUUUAGGCGUAAGGGCAAGUUGAGCCCAAGAUUUAUUGGGCCUUACCAAAUACUGAGGCGAGUAGAACCAGUUGCCUACCAGUUAGAGCUACCUCCAGAAUUAGAGCAGAUUCAUAAUGUGUUCUAUGUCUCUAUGCUGAGACGCUACCUUUCUGAUCUUUUACAUGUUGUACUGGUUGAGGAGAUUGAAGUUAAACCAGAUCUGACUUUCGAGGAAGAUCCAGUUCAGAUUUUAGAUCAUGAAGUGAAAGUCUUAAGAAAGAAAUCAAUCCCAUUAGUGAGAGUUCUUUGGCGGAACCAUAGUUCUGAGGAGGCUACGUGGGAACCCGAGGAGACGAUGCGACAACAAUAA